AUGAACAACGCUGUUGUUACAUGUCCCGGUAUCUGUGAGGACGCCUUUGGAUCUUCGUCCUUCAGAACCACCAGCAACGACAGACAACCAUGCGCUUUCAGGAUUCUUUUGAAGCCAUCAGAGCUGAUGUCUGGCCUCGUUCAACGCUUUCGGCGUGUCCAAAAUGCAAACAGCGACCCUCUCCACCACAACAACACGGCCGCCAUGCAAGCAAGGCGCAAGGCAAUGAAUAACCGAACCAAUGCUGCCGCUCGAAAGCAGCCACCGCCACGGCGCCCUUUGGGCAUUGCUGCUCUGGGAAAAGGAGCAAGAGGAACAGCCGCAAGCAUCAAUGCCACCAGCGAUGGGGGUAAAGGCAAACUUGCGUCUCGUCUCAAACAAAAGCUGGCCUACAAUCGACAAUUGCAACAAACGAUACUGACGGCCUUGAAGGACAUGACUCAGCAAAUGGGCGACAAUCGACGCACCGCAUCAAACAUAACACAGCAGUUGUAUUUGGUGACAGAAGGGAAGGGAAAAGAAACAACUCUGACAAAUAGUGAAGCUUCUAGUGGUGCAGUAGCAGCGGAAGAAGCCAACACUGCUGAAGAAGGAGCUACAAAACAAGGUGGUAAGAAAAAGUCAGUAAAGACCACAAAGAUAAAAGAAAAGGCAUCCAAAAAACGGGCCAAACAGAAGGAAGAGUCUGCUUUGGCCCCACUGUUUCCUACUCAAGAUGUGGCCACUGUGCGAGACUUUUUCCAGAAAGUAAUUGCUGAAGGAAAAGACACGGUUGGUCCAGAAAAGAACAUUGUUGAGGAAGCCAAAAAACAUUCUCGGAUGACUGCGGCCCGAUUGCUGGCUAGAUGGGACUGCGAUAUUGAAAAGAAAAGACCGUGGAAUCGAGCCUUCUUUUCAGAUCCCAUGGGUACACAGCCAAAACCAAAUCCAGAUACGCUGAAACGGCGACGGAUUCGGUCUCAUGUGCCUUGCUUUGACCAUACAUCACCUCGCUGGACCAAACAGGAAUCCAAGCUAGUUCUGGAAGCUUGUGCCAAUGGCGGAGACGACGAUUCAUCAUCGUCACUUCCAAAAGAGAAUCAUGCAAAUGCCACGGUUGUUGCCACCGCCACCGCAAUCGUUGAUGCUGCGGUCCAUGAAACCAUCCAUGCAGCUGCCACGCCGGGCAAAGAUCAUGGAGGUGAAGACGAUGACAUGGGUGCCAUGACUAGAGAAUCCGAAACAGAGCCAGAUAUUGACUUUGGCAAAGUUGCUCAACAUGUCAAUGAAUGUCGUAAAGCGGAUUCAGAUCGUCCAUAUCGGUUGUCCAGAACCGCGGAAGAAUGCCGGGUACACUACCAGCGGUUGCAAUGCGAGCAGCAGCCAAGUCUAUCCAAGGCGGAAGUGGCUUUGGUGGUACAGCAAGUAGAGGAACAGCAAACUGUUGCCAACACUACUGGUAAUACCACCACAACCCAACCGACCAUCAUCAACUGGCAGGACAUUGCGGAAAAGAUUGGCAGGGACCGCAGUCCUUGGCAAUGCUUUGUCGCAUAUCGCAAGUACCAAACCAAACAAUUGACUGCAGUUUGGACACCCACUCAAGAUGAGCUGCUCCUCAAGUACUUGGCCGCUCAGGGACCGCAGUUUGUGCUGGAUGUGGCAGCCGCCGAAGACAUGUCACGACGGUUGUUUCCCGACAAGACCAGCACUCAAAUUUUCUUGCGUGCAAACUUGUCACUGGUCAACCCCAAACUCGAACAGGGACCCUGGUCCAUCCAAGAGGAACGAAAGCUGGUCCUGUGUCGCAAAAUUUAUCAAAAGGCACCGCAUCUGGUCCCUGGGCACUUUCCUCAUCGAUCGGCACGGGGUGUUCGGGAGAAAUGGAGUCGAUGCCUGGAUCCAGCGUAUACCAAGAGACGACCCUUUUCGGAAGAGGAUGAUAAGCGUCUGCGGCAAGCUGUGCAGGAAGCAUUGAAAAAUGGUGGCAGCAUCUCCUGGAGCGAAUUGACCAAAAAACAUUUCCCUGAUCGGAGACCUGAGAUUCUGAGGACACGUUGGCUCCAAGAAUUGGCUUCGGAUGCAGAUCUCUUGCUCAAAAUCAAGAACGAAGUGGCAGCUCGACAAGAACUGGAACUACUGGCCAGAAGCAGUACUGGGGUUGAAGACGGCAGCAGCAAUGAGCCAUCGGAAACUGAUCUGAGCGAUUUUGUGCUGCAGCUGGUCCCAGAGAAAAAGCAACCCAAAGGUUCGGCCAAGAGAAAGAGGCCAGCCAAAAAGAAAUCUUAG